GAGUCGCGACUAAAGCGCUACCUGGUAUGAUGACUGGACGUAGUUUAAACAGCAUCCUGUACGGCAAUGACGAGUUACCUCUUCUAGCGAAUCAGGACGAUUCGUAUCUAAACGGAGAUCUUCUGGAGACACUUAUAGACUCGCCCAGAAAAAGGCAGUGGUGUCGGAAAGGAAUGAUUUACAAUCAUAUGCUGGGUACCUGUACGCUUUCCUUGUCU